UGAUCUCGUCGGUUUCCUUCUCGACUUCAGGACAAGCAUCACACUGUAUCAAUAGGUUUCCAAAGAACUAGGGAUCAAUUCACCCGAGAUGCCCAUCAAUCAGCCUUCGGCGUCGAUCAAGUUGACGAAUGUCAGUAUCGUGAGGAUGAAGAAGGGUGGGAAACGAUUCGAGAUCGCAUGCUACAAAAACAAGGUCGGCGAAUACCGCUCAGGCGUAGAAAAGGAUGUCGACGAGGUCUUGCAGAUCUCUCAAGUCUUUACCAACGUCUCCAAAGGUCAAGCGGCGCCCACCGCUGACCUGAUGAAGGCGUUCAACACGACCGACACGCAAGAGAUCGUCAAGCAGAUCUUAACAAAGGGCGAAUUGCAGGUCGGUGAAAAGGAACGAGAAGCCAAGCUCGGGAACCUGUGGAAAGAGGUUGCUGGAAUGGUCGCCGAGCGCGUAGUGGACCCCUCGACGAAACGGCCAUAUAGCGUUAGCUUGAUCGAAAAGGCCAUGAGCGAGAUUCACUUCAAUGUCAAGGCGGACAAGCCUGCAAAGUCUCAGGCACUAGAAUGUAUCAAGGCGCUCAUGCAGUCUUCACCGCUUCCGGUUCAAAAGGCCGAGAUGAAGGUCCGGAUCACCAUGCCUCCGAAGGAUGGGAAACGCCUUGCCGAACAGGUCCGUGGGCUGAGCAGUCAGGGUGGGAUCGAGGAGGACGAGAUGAGCGCAGAAGAAUGGGAAGUCAUCAUGAGGAUCCCACCGGAGAACUUCCGACUCUUGACGGAUUUGAUGGAGAAGGAGACGAAGGGGAAAGGUCGAGUAGAGUCGAUGGGUUUUGCAGUCGUUGCCAAGGAGGAAAAAUUCGAAUAGAGGGAGACUUUGAACCGGCCAUUCACGUGCCAUCGUGUUGUAUCCCUAUCUUGUCUUAUCUUGCCUUGCCUUGUGCAUGAUUCAUGCUCUUUUGAUGAUGCCUAGAGCUCGAGGAAAACACAAUGCAGAAGAGCUUAUCGUCGAA